CAGUUAGCUAGUGAAGAGUGAAAGAAAAACAGAGAAAUGGCAAGGCAAGUUAUAGGAUCAGUUGAAAAAAUGAGAGAGCCAUAUAUACUGGCCAAGAGAUAUGAUUGGAAAGGGUUUCUGGAAUUUUUCCGCAAACACAAAGAUCUCGUGACUAAGCAAAUUGAUUUGCAACAAAGCACCCCUUUUCACUAUGCAGCUCACUGUGGCAGCACAGAAAUGUAUGAGGAAAUGCUUGGAAUGGUGGAUAUGUCAGAUGUGCAACAUGUGUUGAGGAUGCAGGAUGCGAUGGGGAACACGCCGCUUCACGAGGUGGCGUUCACCGGAGAAGUGGGAAUGACAAGGUGCAUACUUAGGUACGAGGGUCAAGGGUCGAAGGAGACAAGGAGAAUACUGGAGAUGGAGGAUGGUGAAGGGACAGAGCAGUUUGAGGCAGUGAUGAAAAUGAGAAAUGAAUUGGGAGAGACUCCAGUGUACAGAGCAGCUGCUCUUGGGAAAACAGAUUUGUUGGAGUACUUGGUUCAUGAAGAAGGCAUAGACUUGAGGAUCCAUUUUCAUAGAGAAGUUGAUCAGAUGUCCAUUCUUCACACUACUGUCAUAGACCAAUUUUUUGGCACAGCAUUAUGGUUAUUGAAAAGGUAUGGUGAGCUCGCUUAUUUAAAGGAAGACCAUGAAUUGACAACUCUACAAUUGCUAGCUAAAAUGCCAUCAGCAUUUAAGAGUCAAACUCAAAUGGGGAUCUUCAAAAAGUUCAUAUAUAUUUUGGUUCCUGAUUAUCAAGAUGAAAGAUACUUUAUUCAAAAUUGUAAGCAUGGUACUAAAAAGGGAAAAGAUUUGGAAAGCGGCCAAAAGGAUAUAGUUGAACCGUAUCAAUAUCCAAUGAAGCUUGAACCACUUCAAUCUCAGAGGAAACUCUCAGCCUUUUCAUGGAUGUGGUACACUAUGUGGAAGCUUAUCGCAAAAGAAUGGAAGGAGGUUGCGAAAGUUUGGAGAAAAAAGGAAAUGCACAACCUGGUACAAGAACUUGUACAGCUAUUAGUAAAGACAGACCAUUCAUGGCAACAUAGUUAUGUGGCAAAGGACAGAACAGUUUCAAUGGGGAGAUCACAUCAUCAAUCCAAGAAAUACGAAGGGAAGAAACGAAAGAGACAAGAAAAACAAGAGGAGCAACAAAAGGAACAAGAGGCUGCAACAACCAAACCCAUUAUUUAUACCCCUUUGUUGAUGGCUGCUUGCAAUGGAAUUGUAGAGAUUGUUGAGGAAAUAAUUCGCUUGAAUCCUCAAUCAAUCGAGCAUGUCAGUGAAGAUGAGCAGAACAUCUUGUACAUGGCAGUUAAACACCGUCAGCUAGAGAUUUUCAGAUUGUUGAAGAAAUUGAAAAUGGUGAGACGUCUUGCUGGCAAAAUAGACAAGGAAAGUAACACUGUGCUUCACUACACUGCAGAGUUUAUAGGGGGGAGCCAACCUGGUUAUGCUCUGCAAUUGCAAGAGGAAUUGCAUUGGUUUGAACGCAUAGAAAAAAGACUCCCUUACCAUUACAUCAUUCACAACAAUAAGAGCAACGAAACAGCAUGGGAACUCUUUGAAGAGAAGCAUGAACAACUGCUGAAGGAUGCUCGUGAAUGGAUAAAAGAAACAGCACAGUCAUGUUCUGCGGUAGCUGUCCUUGUAGCCACUGUUGUCUUUGCAGCAGCUUACACUGUCCCUGGUGGCACAGACGACAUUACUGGCCUCCCUAGAUUUCUCCACCAUGCUAUAUUUCUGGUGUUCACGGUCAUGGAUAUUAUAGCCCUGGUGAGUUCAUUUGCUUCAGUGGUCAUGUUCCUCUCAAUCCUGACAUCACCCUGUGAGAUGCGGGAUUUUCGGAAGUCUCUCCCGCGGAAACUAAUGGCAGGUUUUGCCUUUCUCUUCUUCUCCAUGGCCACAACCAUGCUAUCAUUCAGUGCAACAAUUCUGAUCAACAUCAAGUUAGAGAAUGACAGAUGGACUUCAAUCCUGACAUAUUGCGCAGCGUUCUUCCCUGUCAGUAUAUUUGCUAUGAUGCAGUUCCCUUUAUAUGUUGCCCUUAAUCAAUCUGUGAAGAGCAUACUUGGGAGACUUAAGAAGAUCACACCACGUUUCUUCCUCAAUUUGAUCAAAAUAGGUCAGAGAAAUAGGCUCUGGGAGUUUUGAAAUUUUCUUUUGGCUACAUUUAAACAUUUUUUAUAUCAUAGGACAUGGACAUCAAUGAAUAAGAGUAUACCUUUUUAUAUGGUACGCCUUUCUUGUGAUUAGUGGUAAAAAAUAAACAUUGAUGGACAUGGCUUUACCAUACAGAUUUGUAAAAAAUCAAAAUGAAAAGCUAUUUGCAGCAGAUUGUCUAUUAUGCAAUCCAUCAAAAUCAUGUUCGUUUGGUUGGA